AUGUGCAAAUACGUCACACAUCUGCGCAUCUGCAAUAUUUGCAGCUGCGAAGACACGAUUUUAAUCUCAGAGAGGCAGUGCAUGCUUGCCAAGAAGAAUGGCAUGUUUGGGAGUUGCGACUUGGGAAUUAGCAGCGACAGUAACAGCACGAUAUAUCAUUGUUGGAAGUGCAAGGAAAGGACCCGUCGAAUCCGUCGCGCACCAUCGAUGCUGCAGCGUGUGAGUCUAAGUUGA